UAAAGGGUGACUUUCUGACUUUUAUUUUCAUAAAUCACGUCGAGUCAAACAUCAUCGGACAUUUUUAACAACGUGAAUAAUUGUCCUUAUCCGCGCCUAUUAAUAAAGUCCAAGUGACUCUUUAUCUGCACCUUUAACACAGAUCAACUGAAAGACUGAUUACCCGCAGAUAUUAUGAGGACAAUAUAUCUUUUAGCCAUUAUCUCCGUUCUCGUGAUACUCCAUGAAGUUGAAAGUGGAUUAUACGGUUCCAAGCAGAAUGCUAAGUAUAACAAAACGAAUCAGAAAUUUACAGAAUCAGCAGCGUCCAAGAAUCAGUCACAACCGCUUCCAGGUCGGAAAAUAAUUGUAUCAGCCUGGGGAAUCAUCGGACUAAUUGUAGGCGCUAUCAUAUUUAGUACAAUAACUUACUACAUCUUUCUACUAUACCCAUAUAUAUGCAAAAAGGACGCGAGCUAUGACAUCAUAGAAUUAACGGAUGUUAACUCUGUGUCCACUGUUAGUGACAAUGUUAAUGUUAACAAUGUACCACGUCCAUUGAGAGCAUUUUGCGACUCAAAUGAUGUAUCAAAUGACGUAUCAAAUGACGCACCAUUAAAACGAUAAGCCUGAAAAGAAAA